UAUCAUUUAUGAUUGAGUUAGGUAUAGAAAUUUUCUCUAAAAUUUUUAGAUCAUGAGUCACUAUAUAUAAAUUAUUUUUUAACGAUAAUUAUAUAAUUAUAGUAAACAUUUAUAUAUAGGUCUUUUUGUCUUUAUAAUGAACUUCUUCACAUCCCCAAUUAACUUAAAAAAAGCAUAUAUUUUAUAUUAAAUAAUUUUUUUAAAAAAUAAAUUCUCGAGAAAAAUCUUUUGGUAGAGCUUCUCCUCCGUCCUGCUCAGCCUCCCCUGCAGCAGAGAUAGGGGUAAAUUGAAUUUGUCACACUAUAAAGGGUUAAAAUUUCUUACAGAUAGAUUUUUUCCAUGAAUUUAUUUUUAAAAAAAAUCAGUAUUUUCGUUGUCUAUACUUAAGUUACUUCGAGACGAGGUUUGUCGACCCACCUGGUAUGGCAUUGGCUAUGUCAGCGGGUCCUCGCUGUGGACCAUGUCACAUGUGAGGUAGCUGACGAAGGUGGGUGUUGUCUUUCUUCUUGUCUUCUACGGCGCCACGAAGACCCCAACACUCGCCACGUUUCCUCCACCUUCCCUGCGCGUCCGCCACCAGCCAGACAUGGACGACCGCCCAACGGCCCCUUCACCGCUCCUCCCUAGCUCUCUUUCUCGCCUUCUUCUUCUUCUUCUUCUACCGUUUCAUCCUCGCCACCGCUCUCCCGGGUGCCUACAGGUCCUUCUCAGUCGCCGAUGAGGAUGUGGGCGCGGCCGCCGUAUGCGAAGGGCGGUGGGGGCGUGGAGGCCGGCAUCCGGGCGCUCUACCCCGUGAUGCUGGAGCCGCCAGAGCUGCGAUGGUCGUUCAUCAGGAAGAUCUACUCCAUCCUUUCCGCCCAGAUGCUCAUCACCGUCGCCGUCGCCGCUGCCGUCGUCUCCAUCCAUCCUGUCUCCCACUUCUUCGUCUCUUCCAGCGCCGGCCUCGGCCUCUACGUCUUCCUCAUCAUCCUUCCAUUCUUCGUGAUAUGCCCUUUGUAUUACUACUACCAGCACUACCCACUCAAUUAUCUUCUCCUCGGCAUAUUCACUGUCUCACUCGGCUUCGCUGUUGGAUUGACAUGUGCCUUUACAAGCGGGAAGGUUAUUCUCGAAUCUGUCGUCCUCACGGCGCUGGUCGUCGUGAGUCUCACGAUCUACACCUUCUGGGCUGCGGCGAGGGGCUACGACUUCACCUUCCUCGGCCCUUUCUUGUUCUCUUCCAUCAUGAUACUCUUCGUGUUCGUUCUCAUCCAGGUGUUGUUUCCUGUGGGAAGGAUCUCCGCCAUGAUCUACGGCGGGUUGGCCGCCAUCAUCUUCUGUGGCUUCAUCGUCUACGAUACCGAUAACCUGAUAAAGCGGUACUCCUACGACGACUAUAUGUGGGCUGCAGUAGCUCUCUAUCUCGACAUCAUCAACCUCUUCCUCUCUUUGCUCACUCUCUUCAGAGCAGCCGAGAGGUAGAACAGUAGAGGAGACAUCAUGUUAAUGAUUGUAAUUAAAGUUGGAUUUCUCCCCGUAAAUCUUACACUCUUAGGCCAUGGUUUGACAGUGGAGUUUUUCUAUGGAUAUCGUUAGGUAACCCCAUA